AUGAUGGCAAAUCAGCUGACAAAGCCUGAUAUUAGAAAUUGCAAGAGGAUGAGAGAGUUGGAGCCCCAAAUGCCUGAUAGUCCACAGAUGUCCUCUUUUGGAAAAUCAGAUUCCUCUUUCUCUGAAAUCAGUGGACUGUUUUUUAAAGAUGAAGUCAUGGAAAAAGAUUUAAAUGAUAUGAGCAAGGAAAUUAAUGUAAUGAUGUCUUCAUAUGCAACUCUCUUAAGUGAGAGAGCAGCAGUAGAUGCAGCUUAUAUUGACGAGAUAGAUGGACUCUUCAAAGAAGCCAAUGUUCUUGAAAACUUUCUAAUACAAAAAAGAGAGUUCCUGAAACAGAAGUUUACAGUAAUUGCAAAUACACUGCAAAGAUCAAACUGUACUUGA